GCCGCGCCGGCGGGCCAUGAACGGGCUGCCCUCGGCCGAGCCGCCCGGCGGGGCCGGUGCGGGCUGCGCCCUGGCCGGGCUGCCCCCGCUGCCGCGCGGCCUCAGCGGCCUGCUGAACGCCAGCGGGGGUUCGUGGCGGGAGCUGGAGCGCGUGUACAGCCAGCGCAGCCGCAUCCACGACGAGCUGAGCCGCGCCGCACGCGCGCCCGACGGGGCCCGCCACGCCACGGGCGCCGCCAGCUCGGCCAGCACCGGCGGCCCGCGGCGUCCGGUCAACCUGGACUCUGCGUUAGCGGCGCUGCGCAAGGAGAUGGUGGGGCUGCGGCAGCUGGACAUGUCCCUGCUGUGCCAGCUGUGGGGCCUGUACGAGGCCAUCCAAGACUACAAGCACCUGUGCCAAGACCUGAGCUUCUGCCAGGACCUGUCCUCCUCGCUGCACUCGGACAGCUCGUACCCGCCGGACGCGGGCCUGUCCGACGACGAGGAGCCGCCGGACGCCAGCCUGCCCCCCGACCCGCCGCCCCUCACGGUGCCCCAGACGCACAACGCCCGCGACCAGUGGCUGCAGGACGCCUUCCACAUCAGCCUCUGAGGGGCCGGGCUGGUCCCGGUGGGCGUCGGCCUCGGUACCCUCGGACACUGCCCCCCCACCCCCGCCGCCUCCCCUCCCCCUCAGGAGGACAAGGACAGUGCCUCAGCACCCCCACCCUCCCGCACUGUGGGCAAGGCUCGUCCCCCGUGGCAGCUGCUGCCCACGGCGCUGGGCCUGCUCGGCCAGUUCUCAUGGUGGCCCUGGGACCCCAGCCUCUGCGUUCCCCCACCCCCUGCAUCUGCUGUUGCUAAGGCGACAGUGGCUGCUGGCCCAGGGGCACCUCACCUCUGGCCCCCGGACUCCAGUCGCCCCGCGCGAGGGCCGUGGGAGCCCAUUCCUGCACCCAUCCACGGCCCCGGCCAAGGCCCCGCGCUGGGGAUUUAUUUAGGGGUCGGCCGGGCCGGUGGAUCAAUAAACGCCUCAGCUGUGUGU